CUUCGUGGGUUUCCGUAAAUAGAGCCGAAGCUUGUUCUAGGGACUACGGAAGGCCUACUCGUCCCUGGGAUUAACAUUCUUCGGCUGUUUCCGGAAUUCAACCCAGUCGGUAGCCGAAAGGGGAAGGCGCCCCCCACCCCGUUCUAGACGCUUCGGAUGUUUCCGUCUCCUGCCGGCGGAAAGAGCCGAGGACCGGCGGUGGUGGCGGCCAUGUUGGGAGCAGCAGGUCCGGCGGCGGCUGUCUGUGUGCCGGGCGCGGAGCAGUGCCGCUGAGGGCAGGGGAGGAGCGAGUCAGGCGGCAGGCUGCGGCUGCAGAGAGUAGGCGGAGCAGCUCGGCCCGGCCGAAGGGCGGCACAGCCCAGCCGGGGGUCGGGGGGGUGCGGUCCAGAGCCGCUCGGAGCCGGCGCGGCCUAGCCCGAGCCGCAAAUCCCCGGGCUGGCGUGAGCGGCUGCCCGGCCUCCCCGCACCCCCGGCCGGGGCCCAUGCAGCGGGUGCGCCUGCUGUGAGAAGCCCCGCCCGGCCGGGCUCCGCGCCGUCCCUUCCCUCCCUUCCUCGAGCUUCUGGGUCCCCUCCCCCGAGAUACCGGCGCCAUGUCCAGCGCCCGGACCCCCCUGCCCACGCUGAACGAGAGGGACACGGAGCAGACCACCCUGGGGCACACAGAUUCCAAGCCCUGCAGCAAGUCCAACAUGCUGCGGGGCCGCAACUCAGCCACCUCUAUCGAUGAGCAGCCCCAUAUUGGCAACUACCGGCUCCUCAAGACCAUUGGCAAGGGUAACUUCGCCAAGGUGAAGUUGGCCAGGCACAUCCUGACUGGGAAAGAGGUAGCUGUGAAGAUCAUUGACAAGACUCAACUGAACUCUUCCAGCCUUCAGAAAUUAUUCCGUGAAGUAAGGAUAAUGAAGGUUCUGAACCAUCCCAACAUAGUUAAGUUAUUUGAGGUGAUUGAAACUGAGAAGACUCUCUACCUUGUCAUGGAGUACGCCAGUGGUGGAGAGGUAUUUGAUUACCUAGUGGCUCAUGGCAGAAUGAAAGAAAAAGAGGCUCGAGCCAAAUUCCGACAGAUAGUAUCUGCUGUCCAGUACUGUCACCAGAAGUUUAUUGUUCAUAGAGACUUAAAGGCAGAAAACCUGCUCUUGGAUGCUGAUAUGAACAUCAAGAUUGCAGACUUUGGGUUCAGCAAUGAAUUUACCUUUGGGAACAAGCUGGAUACCUUCUGUGGCAGUCCACCUUAUGCUGCCCCAGAACUCUUCCAGGGCAAGAAAUAUGAUGGACCCGAGGUGGAUGUGUGGAGCUUAGGAGUCAUCCUUUAUACCCUGGUCAGCGGCUCCCUGCCUUUUGAUGGACAGAACCUCAAGGAGCUUCGUGAGCGGGUACUGAGGGGAAAAUACCGUAUUCCAUUCUACAUGUCUACGGACUGUGAAAACCUGCUUAAGAAAUUUCUCAUUCUCAAUCCCAGCAAGAGAGGCACUUUAGAGCAAAUUAUGAAAGACCGAUGGAUGAAUGUGGGACAUGAAGAUGAUGAACUGAAGCCUUAUGUGGAGCCACUUCCUGACUACAAGGACCCUCGGCGGACAGAGUUAAUGGUGUCCAUGGGCUACACGCGGGAAGAGAUCCAGGACUCACUGGUGGGUCAGAGGUACAACGAGGUGAUGGCAACCUAUCUGCUCCUGGGUUACAAGAGCCCUGAGCUGGAAGGUGAUGCCAUUACCUUGAAGCCCAGGCCUUCAGCUGACCUAACUAACAGCAGUGCCCCAUCGCCAUCCCACAAAGUACAGCGCAGUGUAUCAGCCAACCCCAAGCAGCGACGCUUUAGCGACCAGGCUGGCCCAGCCAUUCCCACCUCUAAUUCCUACUCCAAGAAGACUCAGAGUAACAACACAGAAAAUAAGCGGCCUGAGGAGGAUCGAGAGGUAGGGCGGAAGGCCAGUAGCACUGCCAAAGUGCCUGCCAGCCCCCUGCCGGGCCUGGAGAGGAAGAAGACCACUCCUACCCCCUCCACGAACAGCGUCCUCUCCACCAGCACAAACCGAAGCAGGAACUCCCCGCUUUUGGAAAGGGCCAGUCUUGGCCAGCCCUCCAUCCAGAAUGGUAAAGACAGCACAGCCCCCCAGCGUGUCCCUGUUGCCUCCCCCUCUGCCCAUAACAUCAGCAGCAGUGGUGGAGCCCCAGACCGAACUAAUUUCCCCCGGGGUGUGUCCAGUCGAAGCACCUUCCACGCUGGGCAGCUCCGACAAGUCCGGGACCAGCAAAAUUUGCCCUACGGCGUGACCCCAGCCUCUCCUUCUGGCCACAGCCAGGGCCGGCGGGGUGCCUCUGGGAGCAUUUUCAGCAAGUUCACCUCCAAAUUUGUCCGCAGAAAUCUGUCUUUCAGGUUUGCCAGAAGGAACCUGAAUGAACCUGAAAGCAAAGACCGAGUGGAGACACUGAGACCUCAUGUGGUGGGCAGUGGAGGCAAUGACAAAGAAAAGGAAGAAUUUCGGGAGGCCAAGCCACGAUCAUUGCGCUUUACAUGGAGUAUGAAGACUACAAGUUCCAUGGAGCCCAAUGAGAUGAUGCGGGAAAUCCGCAAGGUGCUGGAUGCGAACAGCUGUCAGAGCGAGCUGCACGAGAAGUACAUGCUGCUGUGCAUGCAUGGCACACCAGGCCAUGAGAACUUCGUGCAGUGGGAGAUGGAGGUGUGCAAACUGCCACGACUCUCGCUCAAUGGUGUUCGAUUUAAGCGGAUAUCAGGCACCUCCAUGGCCUUCAAGAACAUAGCCUCCAAAAUAGCGAAUGAACUGAAGCUUUAACAGGCUGCCGGCCCCGGGGCACCAGAGGCAGGCCAGCUGGACUUGGCUGCUGAAGCUGGCCAUGGUGCCCCCACCUAGGCGAGACUGCAACAAUGAAUUGGUGUGUCUCCCCUGCUGGCACUUGUCCCCUCCCCUAGCCCUUCUCCUUUUUUCUCCCAUGUUUGUGGAGGAUAGGAGAUGGCUCUCCCACCUCACAUUCACCUGGCCCAGAAAGUCUCCAUUCCCCUCUCUCUCCCACAGGAGGCAAAGAAAGGGGAGGGGGCAAGGGGGGGGCAGGGCUCCCCCUCGGUACUGCGGUUGCACAGAGUAUUUCGCCUAAACCAAGAAAUUUUUUAUUACCAAAAAGAAAAAAGAAAAAAAAAAAUCCCAGCGGCCACCUUUCCUCCCUGCCCCAUUGGGACAGACGAGACUGGAUCUGUGGGGUUUUCCGGGAGGGUGGCUCAGGGCUGGAACACUCUCAGGCAAGAGUGGUGGAGUUCCCUGGCAGGCCCUCCGCCAGGCCCACUUUGGGCUUCUCCCCUCUCCUCCCCUUCCCCUCCAAGCAAACCACCAGAGGUGGCCUUCCCCUGCCCCCAGGUCCCUGGGCUGCAGGGCCUGGGGACCAGGGGCCAGGUGGGGGUGCUGUGCAGCCUUGGGGAGGCUGGGGCUGCGUGGGGGCCCUGGCCUCCCUCACACUGUAUCCUUUGCUCUCCCCCAGAGCUGGGCAUUUCCUUCCACAAGCUGCUGUGGGGACCUUUAUUCCCCUCCUCAAAAGUCUGUGCCAUCUUCUUCUGUCCCUCCUGCUGGGAGGGCUGAUCCAGGACUGGGAGCGGGGGGAGGGGACUGCAGGGCAGAUGGGCUCCUCGGCCCCCACGGGGCACUCGGGCUGCUAGUCUCUGAACAGGACGCCAGGUUUCUCCGUUCUGGGAGAGCCUUUGUCUGAAAGCACAGUCCCCUCGCCAUCCCUCCUCCCCACCCGCUUUCCCUUCAUUGGCAUUAAUCUGGGCACCAGCUCGCUCCAUAGCGGUGACUUCCCACACCACUCUCAUUUCUUGGCCUUGCCUUUUUUUCCUGACACUGUCGCCCCUCCUCUCAGGAGACUGCCCAGGGCCUCCAAGGCCACCUGGCGGAAGGCUGGAUUGGGCGGCAGGACCGGGAGCAUCUACCCCCCCACACAGAAUUGGGGGGGUAGGUGGGUGAAGUGACUCCCUGCUUGCUAACCUCCGCGGCCAGUGUGGGAGUGGGUGGCUAUGGGCGCUUGGCUGGUGGUGGCCACUGCAUCCCUUAAUUUAUUUCUCUGCUGUUUCAGUUCUUGAGAAAUUGAGGGAGGGGGCCUUAUAGAGGCUGCCCCUGCCCUCAUUUGAGUUGUACAUUUUUUGUGAUGGGUUUUUUUUAUUUUAUUAUUUUAUUAUUUUUUUGAUUUAUGAUGACUCCACCCCUGCUCAUCACCCCCAAUCCCAGGCCAGCUCAGUGACAAACGAGCCCUUGGGUCCCUUGCCAACCUCAGCCCUCCUGCUCUCCCUGCUCCAGCUGUGGCUCCGGCUCAGACCAAGGGCUCCCCCUCCCUCUCUACCCCUCCCUGCCCUAAGGAACAGCCCGGGUGCUCCGAGGGGACCAAGAGGGCAUGGCUUGGCUCCUGAAGGGGGUGGAGGCCAGGGGCACCCAGGCAAGGUGGCCCCUCCCCACCUAGCUCCUCCCUCCCUGCCCUGCACUUAGUUUUUCCUCUGGAUCAAACACGUAAUAAAGAGAAUGUUUGGAAUCUGA